UGACAUUGACAAAUCAAAUCGUGAUUAUUUUGCGUUUUGUCGCCACGACAUAUAUAAAAUAAAUAAUAAAUUAAAUAGGGUUCAAAUCAUUAAAGGUUUAUAGUUGAUAUAAAUGCUAUCACAAUAAUCUUCAAUAAUGGUCAGAACGGUCUACUCUCCUGAAUAUUGUCUACAAUAUUUAGAACAAUAUGCCUCUCAGGAAAACUUUGUUUUGGGUCUAAUAUUGGGCCAGAUCACAGAGGCUCGUGAAAACAUAAUUCACUUAGCACGGACUCCUGAAGAGAAAAGUCCAGACUCUGGUUCAGAAACUAGUUAUGAGUCUGAAAAAACUGAGUCUGCCCGGAAUUUAUUGGGAGUAUCGGAGGCGUGGGUGGCGGAUCACGCCAAACAUGUCACGCGCAUGUUACCCGGCGGAAUGUUUGUUCAGGGUAUUUUCAUUACUAGCGAUGAAGACAUUUUUGAGGAUCCCAACUACUUCAGCAAAGUUCGAUCAGUAUUAAACUACACAUACAAAGCUCUAAAUGCUAACCAGUACAUGUAUGCCAACUAUCCACAUUCUAAUGAUAGGCUUAUAUUACACAUGUCUACUAAUACAAAAGUAUUAACAUGUAAAAGUAUUGAAGUUGGAUCUGGAAAAUCUGCUUCCAUGAAGAAUGUUGAUUGGAAAUUUGUGCCGAAACCUCAACAGUGGCAGAGAUUAGAUUGCUACUAUGAAUUUGAUGAUGUUUAUCCAGUGGUUGUUAAGAAGAGUGGAAUAUCAGUAAAGCAGCAAUUCCAGCAAAUUUUGGAAUCUGCCCACAAAACUAUUGAAUCAAGUGUAAUAUUCAUUGAUGGUGAACUGAAGGAUGGUUCCGAGGCUUUGGAGCAGCUUAUCAAAAAGAAAAGGCCCAAAAAUAGUGUCAAAUCUGCACAAGACACACCCAAAUCAAUGCACGUAUCUUUAUUUGUGCCAUUCGAAAAUAGUCUCCCAGAAACAGUUGAAUACUUGGAAUGCGAUGGCAGCAUACACUUCAGUGGUGUUGUGUCGUCGAGUGUGUUCAUGUAUCCCAAGGCUACGGUCAGUGAAACCAUUGCUGCCAUCAAACAGGACAUAAUCCGCUCAUUGGCUUCACGAUUCACAAUGCACUGUGAUGCAUUGAUUGAUGACAAUUUGCUGCCUGAAGAAAAAGUCUGCUUCAACGAGCCACCAAGGCGAGUGUUAGUGCCCGUGAGCACACUCUAUCUGUGCGACUAUCUCUUCCCUGGUGAAGCACCAGCUGAAGCUUUGCUGUCAGUCAAAGAACUUCUGGACUUGCAAAUAACAGAGGCUGAUGUGAUUUGUGAUGUUGAAACGCCUGCAGAUACUUCUGAAUUCGAUGCUCUAGACCGCGAUGCAAGCAGCGAGGAAUCGCUGGCGACGCCGCAGGAAGCCAGCCAGUUUAUGUACAUCACGGGAAUUUGCUUCGCUAUGUUCGUCCUCAUAGUUUCUAUUUUUGUCCAUUAUUACGAUUCCAUUGCACUGUGUAUUGGUCAACUACUCUCUAGGUCCUAAUUGUAAUUAUUAUUAUUUAAAAAAAAAUGUUUUAUACAGAGUGUUAUUUUAUAAGCGGUCAGUCAGGCGAAAUCUUUCAGAUUCAAUUCAUUAGAUGUUUUUUCGUUGUUUAGCAGUUAUAACUUUUAAAAUAAUACCCUAUAUAAGUAUCUAUCGAAGAAUAAGACUUAUUUUGUUUGUAACAGUCUUACGACUAUAUAAAAGCAGUACUCAAUGUAUUAUAACAAUUUUAAUAGUGAUUUAAUCAUAAUAAUACUAUCGAAAUGCACCUGUUUUGUACAGACAAUGCUUUGUAAUUUAACAUUCAAGAAUUAAAUAAUUAUUUUCAUA